GUCCCGGAAGUGCAUGUUGCACGACAAUUGUACGAGACCGGGAAACGUCCGGGAUUUUUUGCUCUAAACUUCCGGUCACAACUUUCACCUUUUUUACUCGUUAUGAAUUACGAGGCGGGCAUGGCCUGUAACUCCCAAAGGGCCUAAACCUGUUGAAUAUUCAUAAACGUUUCAUAACGCUGCGUGAAGUUCACGGUUGGAAGGCAAGUUCAGUCCUUUCGAGACCGUUCAACCGACCAGAAUGAAGCGCUCGUCCUCGCGGAGAACCGUGGCCUGCCGCGAUGCGGCCAAGGGCCUCAUCCUGGACUACUGCUCCAACAGUUCCGUCCACGGCGUGCAGUACUUUGGCUGUCGGGAACGGUCCGGGUGUGAAAAGUUCUGGUGGUUUGCGGUGUUUCUGCUUUCGCUGGGGAGUUGUGCGCUGUUGAUUGAGAAGACGUACCUCAAGUGGGACCAAACGCCGGUCAUCGUGAGCUUCAACGAGCGAGCUACUCCGGUGUGGCAGAUUCCACUUCCGGCGGUGACCAUCUGUCCGCAGACGAAAGCCCUGACUACGAAGCUGAACUUCUCGAACGAUGUUGGGGAGUUCAUGCAAAAUCAUGACAUUUCUGGGGAGAAGAUGGACACUCUGCUGGCAACGUUGCAGCUUUGUGACCGGAACUUCCACCAGGUGUUCUUCGAUCCGGGUGUGUUUCCGGACAAGGCAACGAACCAGAGUUACGCCAGUCUGAUCAAGGACAUGCCGAUUUUGACGCAGGAGAACCUUGGCGACUGUAGCAUCCGAAGUGAGUUGACCAGCUGUGCGAACCUCUUCUCGUACUCCUUGACCGAAGAAGGAGUCUGCGUUACGUUCAACGGACUAUCCGCUAACGAACUGUUACGAACCGAGAACAUCCAAACUGAAGAUUCGUACCUGACCAGCAUCAACAAGUCAACCUUCUGGACCCAGGAAGACGGCUACUCCCAGCAAGCAACCGUCCGCACCUACCCGUAUCGCUCGCUAGGAUCCGGAAUAUCCGCCGGCAUCUCCGUCACCCUCCAAAACCACGACUUCCUCCUCGAGUACCUCUGCAGCGGUCCCAACCCCGGCUACAAGAUCCUGCUGCACUCCCCCGUCGACUACCCCCACAUCUCCAACAAGUUCGUCCGCAUCUCCCGCAACCGCGAGGUUGCAAUCGCCGUCAAGCCCCAAAUCAUCACGACCUCCACCGGACUGCGAGACUACACCCCCGAAGGUCGCCAGUGCUUCUUCAACCACGAGCGCUACCUGCAGUUCUUCCGCGAGUACACCCAGAACAACUGCGAGCUCGAAUGCCUCACGAACUUCACGCUGUACUACUGCGGCUGCGUUCGCUUCUCCAUGCUGCGGACUCCACGCACGGCGGUCUGCGAGACCAACCAGAUCAUGUGCAUGCUGAAGGCCGAGGAGACGCUGCUGGAGAUGGACGUGGUGACGCAGGGAAACUCGGAGCCUAAUUUCAGGGCAAAGUGCAACUGCCUGCCGGCGUGCACCUCGGUGCAGUACGACCUGGAGGUGACCCAGACGGAGCUGGAGUGGUACCGGUACUGGGAGACGUUUGCGGAGGAUUUGAGCAAGUUGGAGGGAACUCAGAUGGCCCGCCUGGGUGUCUACUACAAGGAGUCCCAGUUCAUUACAUCUCGCAGGAGUGAGCUGUACGGAUUGACGGAUUUUCUGGCCAAUUGUGGAGGACUGCUGGGACUCUGCAUGGGCGUUAGUCUGCUGAGUUUGGUGGAAUUGCUGUACUUUUGUUUGGUUCGACCUGUGGUGCUCUGGCGCAAUCAGAAGACGGUAGUGCAGGUGAAGAACAAGGACGAAGCGCCGGAGAAGGUUUUGUUGGCAAAGUCGGGAAACUAAGAUUUGUUUGAUGUUUUAGGUGAACAAGAAUUAUAAAAUUUCUUGACCAAACUAAAAUAAUGCUUUUGAGUGUAAAAUUUCAUUAUGUCACCAAUAACGUUCCAAUAUUUCCAAUAUAAUA